AUGGCUAAAUCAAAUCGAGCUUUACAUACAAGUGAUUCUUCAGUUUCAUCUUCAUUGCCAGAAAUGAAACCACCAACCAAACGUAAAUACAAAUGGCAAUUUCAUGAUGAAAAUUCCCCUAGACAAAUCUAUAAUUGGACAUUAUAUUAUUGUUCUUUUAUUUUUGGUAUCUUGGGUGCUUCAAGAGGUUUAGAUGAAGGUAGUGUUUCAGGUUUAUUAUAUCAAGAAUCCUUUUUAACUAGUCCAUAUUUUGGAUUUGCCGAUCCAAAUAAAACUGAAGAUGAUCUUGCCAAUUUAGAAAGUUUGAUUGCUUCAAUGGUUCAAUUAGGUUCUGUUGGUGGUGCACUUAUUUCAAUGUAUUCAGUUGAUAAACUUGGUAGAGUUAAUGCUUUAAGAGUUGUUUGUGUUAUUCAAAUUCUUGGUGCAAUUCUUCAAAUUACUGCAAAAAGUAUUGGUCAAUUAUAUGCUGGUAGAUUUAUUGAAGGUUUAGGUGUUGGUCAAACAGUUGCUAUUGGUCCUAUUUAUUUAGCUGAAAUUGCUCCACCAAAUAUUAGAGGUUUUAUUGUUGGUAUUUUCAGUGGUGCCGUUUAUUUUGCAGUUAUGAUUUCUUAUGCUGCCAAUUAUUGUACUGCUAAAUAUAUGGAUGGUUCUUCUAAUAGUCAAUGGCAAAUUCCGCUUUCUGUUAAAGUUAUAUAUAAUGGGUUAGUUGGAAUUGGAACUCUUUGGGUUCUUGAAAGUCCAAGAUGGUUAUUGAAAGUUGGUAAAGAUGAAAGAGCUAUUAGAAACUUGUGUAAAUUAAGACAUUUAAGUGCUGAUGAUCCAUAUAUUGCUGGAGAAAUUGAAGAUAUUAGAGAACAAGUUGAUGAUGAAAAGAAAUCAGUUGCUGGUUAUUCAUUCUUCCUUAAAAUUAAAGAUUUAAUUUUUACUCCAUCAUUACUUUACCGUUUAUUGUUUAUUUCUUGUAUGGCUCAUUUCCUUGGUCAAUGGAGUGGAGCGCUGCUGAUUACUAUUUAUGCUCCAAGAUUAUUUGAAUUAGUUAGUGGUACCCAUGGCUUGGAAAAUAUGAGAAAUACAUUACUUUUGGGUUGUGUUAAAUUUGUUUCGAGUUAUUUGACAAGUUUCUUUUUAAUUGAUACAAUUGGUAGAAAGAGAUGUUUAUGCAUUGGUAUCUCACUUCAAGCAAUUUGUGUUUUAUAUUUCGCCAUAUUUGUUAAUAUUGUCCCUGUUGAAGAUUCUGGUCAUGUAUUUUCCCAUUCCGAAUAUCAUGCAUCUCAAGCUGCUAUUGCUGCAUUAUUCCUUGCAUCUGUUGGUUGGACUGUUGGUAUGAAUAGUUUCCAAUAUAUUGUUGGUGCUGAAAUUUUCCCAUUAAAAUAUAGAUCACUUGCUCAAUCCAUUGUUAUGGUUGUUCAUUUUGCUAAUCAAUUCGGUAAUUCUAAAGCUAUUCCACACAUGUUGAUUACUAUGCAUAAUUAUGGUACAUUCUACUUUAUGUUUGGUGUUAACUUGGUUGCUUUGAUUUGGGCUAUCUUCUGUGUUCCUGAAGUUAAAGGUAAGAGUUUGGAAUCUAUUGAAGAUGUGUUUAAGUUACCAUGGUAUGCUGUUGGUUUGAAAGGUGGUAAAGUGGCUGAUAGAAGUGCUAUCCAUAGAGUUACACAUCAUGAAAUUGACGAAGUCAAUGACGAUCAAGUAGAAGUUGUGUCAAGUAACGAUUUAGAGAAAGGUGGAAGUGUUGAAUACAUCGAAGACUACGAAAAGGAACGCCAUGGCAAGAAUUAA